ACACGCUGGACAGCGAAGAAGCUGAGUUUCGAUGCUACUAAUAGCACCCUCUCAGCCCUGGUUGCCGUCACCCAGGUUAGCCGCUGCUCGCUGGUGUGAGGAUCCCAGAAAGGGAGAGAAGGAAAAGGAGUGGGGACGAGACGGUUGUAAGAAACAGUGUUGAAGAAUGUGUGGGCGAACAUCCUGUCACUUACCUAGAGAUGUUCUCACAAGAGCUUGUGCCUAUCAAGAUCGGCAGGGCCAGCAGCGGCUCCCAGAGUGGAGAGACCCUGACAAGUACUAUCCCUCAUACAACAAGAGCCCUCAAUCAAAUAGCCCAGUGCUUCUGUCGCGACUACACUUUGAGAAGGGUGCAGACUCAUCUGAGCGUAUCAUUGCUCCCAUGAGAUGGGGCUUGGUCCCAUCUUGGUUCAAAGAAGAUGAUCCUUCCAAGCUGCAGUUCAACACUGCCAACUGUCGUAGUGAUACCAUAAUGGAAAAACGGUCUUUCAAGGUGCCUUUGGGAAAGGGAAGACGCUGCGUUGUUUUAGCAGAUGGAUUCUACGAGUGGCAGCGAAGUCAGGGAACAAGCCAGAGGCAGCCAUACUUCAUCUACUUCCCCCAAAUCAAAACAGUAAAGUCAGGCAGCAUUGGUGCUUCCAACAAUUCUGAAGACUGGGAGAAAGUCUGGGACAACUGGAGACUACUAACAAUGGCCGGACUCUUUGACUGCUGGGAACCACCAGAGGGAGGAGACUGCCUGUAUUCCUACACCAUCAUCACAGUGGAUUCCUGCAAAGGCUUGAAUGACAUCCACCAUAGGAUGCCUGCCAUAUUAGAUGGAGAGGAGGCAGUCUCUAAAUGGCUUGAUUUUGGUGAGGUCUCAACUCAGGAAGCUCUGAAGUUAAUCCACCCCACAGAGAAUGUCACCUUCCAUCCAGUCUCUCCCGUGGUGAACAACUCCCAAAACAACACUCCUGAGUGUCUGGUUCCUGUCGACUUAUUGGUCAAAAAGGAGCUCGAGGCAAGUGGCAGCAGCCAGAGGAUGUUGCAGUGGCUGGCCAAAAAGUCACCCAAAAAGGAAGACCUCAAAACACCCCAAAAGACAGAGUCAGAUGUGCCCCACUGGUCCAGCCAGUUCCUACAGAAGAGCCCAUUCACCACCAAGAGAGGUAGUGCUAGACUCCUGGAGCAAUGGCUGAAGCAAGAGAAAGAGGAAGAGCCAGUGGCCAAGCGGCUUCAGAGCCAGUAAUGCAGGACUUUCAGAGACCAAGGUCACAGUUUGCUGCACUAAAUACUGUUGCUGAUAAUAGAUUCUUGUAUUGUGUAUGUAUGGAUUUGCUUUAGGGGGAGGUAGCACAGUGUUAGUUGACAGUUGUGGGUUCAUGGGGGAACGGCAAUUCUGGCUGUGACCAGGAACCCAUGAUGGGGCUGUGGGCAGCCUGGGAAGAAGUAGGAGUGGAACCUUUCCUCAAAGCCUGACCCUACGUGCAUUUCUUAGCCCCAACCUGACCUGGUCCUGUUAGCAAAAGGCCAUUUUCAGCUCAGCCUUUGGGCUCUUUCAGUCUUUUGCAAUUAAGUUUUUAAAACAUUGUAUUUUUUUCUGAAUAAAUUAUAUUUGAUAAACUUUCUACAUUUCAGAAAAUGCAGCUAAUGUUGAGGAGAGUUCUGGGUUACUGUUUGGGGCUUUCUGUAGACAAAACUGCUUUUUUGGAAACAAUAAAAAGGCUUAAGGGGGUUC